AUGAGAGAAGAACUUGCGCCGCUCUCCCACUGGACCUGGGCGGCCAGCUAUGGCCCGCCCAGGCCCCUCUUGAAGACACGGGUAUCCAUACCAAACCGACUCUUUGUCUUUGGUAAGAGAAGAACAUCCUCCUCCAACGCAUCAGAGCCCUCGCCGCUCACGCCGAACUCGCCCCUAUCGCCUCUCUCUCGUGCGCCACAAGCCAUGCUGGAGCAACAACAGCAGCCCGAGGCACACUGCGAACCGGCCGAGCAGCUGGAUCCCAUCGAUCCGCAUCUCGACGCCGUAUUCGACGCCCGCGACUACGUCUCCGAGUUUGUCCGCGAGGGCUGGGAGUCACACUGGGACAGCAUCCGCAUCACCUGCGACAUCCCCAUCCACGAACUGCGCGGCUUCGGCAACCUCGAUGCGGCCCCGGGUACCGCCGCCUGCAAGCGCCUCGUCCAAGUCCCGGUCAUCAACGAUGAGAUCGGCCACGCUCUGUGGUGCCAUCUGGUCGAGCAACAGCGCGGCUCGGGUUCUCUCGAGCAGGACAGGCAGCUCCAGCAAGACCUCGCAGACUCGCAGGCCGAGGAGUUCAUGAAGAAUCACGAGCUCUGGUUGCGGCACGGCUGGGACGAGCCCCGUGCUGCAGAAGAAGAGGCAGGAAAGGGCCGACGGCGGUCUUUCUGGAGCCCCAGGAGUGGAUGCUGCGACAGCUGUAACCACUGCUGCCAGUCGCAGCCGAGGAGGCCCAGCAGAUCUAUCCGCCGUCUCUCUACCGACACCGAGAAUGGAGAACGAUCGUCAAUGCCGACUCGUAUCGCAAACCUUCUCUACCUGUGGAGGGAAAACGCCCAUCCUGACGGGGACGACGAUCGGACAAGCUCCAGCGGGAAGACCCGGCGGAAAAGCCAUGACAGCAAUGCUACUGCCCGACCAAUACGAACGGAACGCUCGUGGUCGCACUUUUUCCGGCGCCUCAGUGCAUCUUCGAAUGGCGGCAGCGAAGCGGGAGGAGAGAAAGGGACAAGGCCGGGGUUUGAUGCAAAAGCCAGGCGCCAUUCUCAUGUGUAG